AUGGAUCGAACUACAAGCUCUAACGCUCGCACAAUUAAUAAUAGACAUAAUAAUCAAAUAAAUGCGUUAAUGCCGUCGCAGGUUUACCAAAAUAAUCGUAAUAUUCAACGCGGUCGAUCUCAUGCUCUAAAUAUUCAACCUGGUCAAGUUAGACAGCAAUUUCACCCACAAACCAACGCAUAUUACGACGACAUGUUAAACCAAUUCGUCAAUGGUCAUAUCGUAAUUUAUCCGCAAGAAACAUAUUUUGAAACUGUACAAGAUGAAAAUAAUACUUUAUCUAUUCUCGAAAAUGCAUAUAGGUAG